CUAGAGUGUACAUGGGGUCCGCUACUCGUCGACAAAUUAAACCUUUUUUCUCCAAACAAACGACAUAUUCCUGAACAGGUCAAAAUGUUUCGUCGGUCAAGAUUUAGUAUUCGGCCCAAUGUCGGUACGGCAGGGAGAACAGCAGCAACACCUCAGGAAACCCCUUCAGCAAGUCAGGAGGCCAGUGAGACCCCUAAAGAUGUCAGUGAGAGCAGCACUGCGCCUGCUGAGACAGAUAACACGUCUGUUGUGACCCCAUCAGAAAAACCUACAGCCUCAGGGGAUGGGAAUGACCAAAAUGGGGAAGGCACCAGCUCUUCAGCAGCAGUUCAGAGAAGGAAGCGCUUUUCCAUCAAGCCCAAAGUGGCCCCAGGCCGCACCUCCGCCCUUGCUCGGACACCAAAAUCCCCCAUCAAGGCAGUCUCUGAAACUCUUACUGAAGUCCCUGUCUCAGACCUGGACAAGCUGACUACGUCCAGCCAAACUGGGACUUCAGCUGCCCCUCAGAGACUCCAGUCCCCGAGGCGACGGAGGUCUUCAGAAGAGAGCAAGCAGCCCAAAAUACAACCUAAACCCACCCUCAUCUCGUCUGACAGUACGGAACCUUCAGCUGCUCCUUCAGCUGAGGACUCUGCAGAACAAACCCACCUGCCCACAGAGAGCGGCAAAGAAUUAGAAAGCACGUCAGGCAGUCAAGUAAAAGAAUUUCCUUUCAAAGUACCAGAUAAAGUCCCCCCCUCUCUACCAGACAAAGAUGCUAUCGAGAUAUCGGAGAAAGCCAAGACUCUCGUGUCAUCUAAGUGUGGGCUCUCACUGUCACCGCCAGCGUUCUCCUUGAGUAGACUCCUGAACGACCCGUCAGACAUACAGAGGCUGGCAAAGGCCCAAAAGCUCCGAGAGCUGCUCAAACAGGAGAUGAACAAAGAAAAGAAAUUGAAGAAAGACAAGGCACGUGUGAAGGAAUAUACCUUAGAUCCUGCCAAAAUGACCAUGAGGGACCUGAUCCGUUAUCUGCCGCUGUCGAACCCCAUGCCAUCUACUUUAGAAGAGUCGGCACAAGAGAACGAGACUGUGGUCCCACCGUCUCCAGCAAGAGAGGAGUCACCAGAGAGAGCGCAGCAACCUGAGGUUACCCCUGAAAUGGCGAGCACAGGGGAGGAGGAAGAGGCAGCAGAGGCAGGGGUAGAGGAUGAGGAGGAUGAAGGCAUCAUGGUUCCUCAGGUCAAAGUAGCAGAGGACGGAUCACUGAUCAUUGAUGAAGAGAGCUUGACGGUGGAAGUUCAGCGAGCCAAAGGACCAAAUCCAGCUCAGGAUCGAGACCCCAUCUUCGAGCGUGGCUCCACUACAACCUACUCAAGCUUCAGAAAAGGGACCUACACAAAACCCUGGUCAGGCGAAGAGACAGAUAUGUUCUUCCUGGCAAUAAGCAUGGUGGGGACAGACUUCUCCAUGAUUUGCCAACUGUUUCCUCACAGAGCACGAUCAGAGAUAAAGAACAAAUUUAAAAAAGAAGAGCGAGAGAAUUCCUGGAGAAUCGACAAAGCCUUCAGAGAGAGGCGCAAACUGGACAUAGAGUAUUUUUCUAAGCUGCUGGAGAAGAUUCUGGAAGUUCAGAAAAACAGGAAAAAACUAAAGUCACUCGCUGGAAAAAAGUCCCCCAAGAAACCCAGGAGAAAGGCAAAGGAAAAAAAAGCUGCAAGGAAGCUGAGUGUUGUGGAGGAGGAAGAUGAGGAAGAGCAGAAUCAAACCCAUGACUUGGAGGAGGAGGAGGAGGGAGAGAAAGAGAAUGAGGACCUCCGUAAUGAUGGAGAAACCCCUGAUGCUAAGCCUAAAAAGAAACGCAAAAGAAAGAACAAACAGGAUGACUCGACUGAGGAACCAAAGGGCAAAAAAAACAAAAUGGGUGAAAAGAGAAGUGAACAAGAUGAGGCCUGCAUACCUGAAGACGCUGAAGCAGCACUUCCCGAGGGCUGUCCAAAUUCAGACAUGUCUGAAAAGACAGAGAAUGGGAGUGCAGCCAAGGACACCACAAUCAAGCCAGCAAAACUCUCACGCAGCAGAGCACCAAAACCCUUACUGCCUCUGGGCCGAAAGUGGGGUAAAAAGUCUGCAGCACCUUCCACAAAGGCCAGCGAUGGUGCAUCAGAUAAAGGGGAUGAGAGUGUGAAUGAUGGAGCCUCUAAAGAGCAGGUAAAUAAAGAUGCAUCACCCAAAAAGAAAUCAGCCAAUGAUGACAUUUCCUCUGAAGAAGAGGAUGCCACCAUUCAACCUCCGAGACCUACGAGAUAUGGGAGAGUGCCCAAACCCACCAAGCCCUUGAAUUACCCUGCCAAAGAAGCUGCACACUCUUCUGAAACCACUCCCGCCUCACCACCGGGGUCCACUGCCUCUGCUGCCAGGCCUAAACCCAAAGGCACAGCCAAGAGAGGAAGAUCAUCAAAGUCACAAUCAGCCCAAGAGUCCAAAAAGCCCAAACUAGUCACCCUCAGGGCUUCUCAGUCAGAAUACAGCGAUGAGGAGGAUGAACGGCAGCGAGAUGAAGAGCUGGAGGAGGAGGACGAGCAUUCUGCAUCCAGUAAAGACAGCACUGCCCCUGUGUUUGUGCCUGCCAGCCUGCGCUCUCCACAUCCUGUAACGUCAGAGGUGGAAGAGACAAUGGAGGAACUUGAUAUCUUGGCCAAUAUGUCUGAUGUGUUGAGCAUCUCCCAAGAUGCACUGUGCCCUGAUGCCUCUUGCGAGCAGGCGCAAAAUGAGACAGGCACAGCUGAACCCUUUGAACAUCAGUUGGAUCUGCUUGUUGAUGUGAUAGACUUCCUUUCUUCAGAACACACAGAAGUAGCUGAGGACGAGAGCUACAAUGAAGCAGCUCAAACCCUUUUGACCAUCGGUAACAUGGCUCACAUCUCUCAGUCAGCUCAGAAUCAAAUUGCCAUGCAAGAUCACAUAGCAGAGACAACACCAGUAAAUGUAAAUGAAACCAGCCAUCACCAAGAAGAAGAGAAUUCAUCAAUGCCUGCUACACAAGAGGAAACAAGUGCCACACCUCUUGUGUCUGAAACUUCUGGUAAUGGAGUCACUGAAACAUCAGAAAGUGUUAUUACUGUGGAGCAACAAAACAGCACAACACACAGUGAUGAUCUACCCAUUAUUAAAUCCAGUGAUCUGAGGACUGGUUCUGAUAUGGACCCUACCCCUCAAUUACACUCAAGUCUAGAGAGCCUUGAGAAAAAUUCUCCACAGACAAGGAAAGGACGCUUACCCAAGGUGAAACCAAAGCCUAACUUAGGCCAAGCCUCAAGGGCUGCUAAGUCAAAAUCCAGUGCAGACACAUCAGCAGUACAGGCAGCUGAAGAGAGCUGCGCAGUUGCUCCUGAUUUUUCUCAAGCUACUGAGACACUAUCAGCUGCAGAGGAAGUCCCUGAGAUGGCAGACAGUAGUCAAAAAAUGUUAAAAGAAACUUCUUGUAUUGAAGCCAGAUUUACAGAAGAGCCUUCUGGCAGAGCAGAUUACAGUGCCCCAGAAAGGCAGAACUUCUCUGAAGCCCAGUUUGAACCAAGUAAGGAACAGGCCACCAGAGAGACAGCGCCAUCAUCCGACUCUACAGAUGAAAAACUGAUUUCUCAUAUUGGGACGACUGAAAGCAGUUUUAAAAGACUGUUGGCAUCUAAUAUAGUAGCUACAGAAUCUCAAGUUAGCCAAGGGUCAAACAGACACUCAGUCCCUGUCCAAGAGAGCAGCGACUGUCCUGCUCCAUGUGUUACACCCGUACAAGAGUUACCUGUGAGUCAGAAAGAAGAGGUUGAAGUUGCAUCUAAUCGCCAGACCAGGAGGAAUCGCUACCAGAGAGUCAAACCUAACCUGGCACAGACAUCAAGAAAUAUACAACUCAAACCUCAAACCACACAAGAUACCAUAGAGAAUGACACUCUCCCAAGUCCUGCUCCCAAAUUCCAUAAAGAAACAAUAACAGAGGUUGAAGCAGAACCAACUUGCACCACCUCUCCUGAAAAACCAGGUGAAAGCCCCGAUUCAGCUUCAGAUUUAACACCAUCAUUGGAUUUAGGGUCUACUCUUACACCCACAGAGGACCUGUCUACAACUGAGGAAAAAAAUAUAGAUGCUGGAGUCAUUGGUCAGAUGGAAUCAAGUGGUGCAGCAUCAGAUCAGAGUGCCUCAGAAAACAAGACCUUCUCUGAGGCACAUGGUGGACCAAGUAGGGAACAGGCCACCAUAGACACAAGGCCAACAUUUGACUCAGUCCCUGUCCGAGAGAGCAGCGACCAUCCUGCUCUGUGUGUUAUACCUGUACAAGAGUUAUCUGUCAGCCAGGAAGAGGAGAGUAAAGUUGCAUCUACAUGCAAGACCAGGAGGAGCCGAUUCCAGAAAGUCAAACCCAACCUACAACAGACAUCAAGGACUGUACAUUCUAAACCUCAAACCUCAAAAGACACUGCAGAGAAAUACUCUAAAUCAACUCCUGCUCCUGAAUUCCCUGAAAAAACAAUAGCAGAGGUUGAAGCUGAACCAAUUUGCACCACGUCUACCGAAAAACCAAGUCAAAGCCCCGGUCCAGCUUCAGAUUCGAUACCAUCAUUGGAUGUAGGGUCUACUCUUACACCCACAGAUGACCUGUCUACAACUGAAGAAAAAAAUACAGAUGUUGGAGUUGCUGGUCAGGUGGAAUCAGGUGGUGCAACUUCAGAUCAGUGUGCUUCAGAAAACCAGACCUUCUCUGAAUCCGAUGUUGAACCAAGUAGGGAACAGGCCACCAAAGACACAAGGCCAACAUCUGACUCAGUCCCUGUCAAAAAGAGAACUGACUGUCUUGCUUCAUGUGUUAAACCUGUACAAGGGUUACCUGUCAGUCAGGAAGAAGAGAGUAAAGUUGAGUCUAAGUGCCAGACCAGGAGGAGCCGAUUCCCAAAAGUCAAGCCAAGCCUAGCACAGACAUCAAGGACUGCGCGUUCUACACCUCAAACCACAAAAGACAUCAUAGAGAAUGUCACUGACCCAACUCCCAAUACCAAAUUCCAUGAUAAAACAGUAGCAGCGGUUGAAGCAGAACCAACUUGCACCACCUCUACUGAAAAACCAGGUCAAAGCCCUAGUCCAGCUUCAGAUUUGACACCAUCAUUGGAUUUAGCGUCUACUCUUACACCCACAGAUAAAGUGUUUACAGCUGAGGAAAAAAAUACAGACGUUGGAGUCGUUGCUGAGGUCAAAUCAGAAAAUGACACCUUUUCUGAAGCCCAUGUUGAACCAAGUAGGGAACAGGCCGCCAGGGACAAAAGGCCAACAUCUGACUCAGUCCAAAGCAGUGACCAUCCUGCUCUGUGUGUUACACCUGUACAAGAGUUAUCUGUCAGUCAGGAAGAAGAGACUAAAGUUGCGUCUACAUGCAAGAUCAGGAGGAGCCGAUUCCAGAAAGUCAAACCCAACCUAGCACAGACAUCAAGGACUGUACAUUCUAAACCUCAAACCACCAAAGAUACUAGAGAAAAAGACUCCAGCCCAGACCCAAAUCCCAAAUUUCUUGAUCAAACAAUAGCAGCGGUUGAAGCAGAACCAACUUGCACCACCUCUCCAGAAAAACCAAGUCCAAGUCAUUCAGAUUCAACUCUUACGCCCACAGAUAAACUGUCUACAGCUGAGGAUAAAAAGAAAGAUGUCGAAGUUGGUGGUGCAAAAUCAGUUCAGAGUGCCUCUGAAAACCAGAACUUCUCUGAAACCCUGUUUGAAUCCAGCAUGGAACAUGCCACCAGAGACACACAGUCGACACCUGAGUCUAGAGAUGAAAAACUGAUUCCUCAUGUUGGGACAGCGGAGAGUCGUAACAAUCUGCCGACAUCUGACGUAGUUUUCACAGAAUCACAAGUUGGACAAAGGUCAAAUAUUGACUCAGUUUCCAUUUUAGAAAGUAGCGACCAUCUUGCUCAGCUUGCUACACCUUUGGAAGAGUUACCUUUUAGUCAAAAAGGAGAGAGUGAGGUUGCAUCUAUCAGUCAGACUAGGAAAAGUCGAUUGCACAAAGUCAAACCCAACAUACCCCAGACAUCAAGAGCUGUACGAUCUAAACCUCAAACAACAAAAGAUCCUGUCACACCCAUGCAGCUUCCGCAGAAAACCUGCAGGCCAACUUCAAGUCCUGAAUCCACAACCAACACAAUAGCAGAACUAGAAGCAAAGCCGACUUGCAGUACCACCCCAGAACCAAGCCUGAUUAAAAGUACUGGCACUGCACCUUUGUCAAUACCACCACUGGAAUCAUGCUCUACUCAUAAACCCACAAAAGAAGUACCUUUAACUGAGGAGCAAAAGACAGAUGUUGAAUGUGGACAAGACUCAAACUCAGAGAGCUCAGGACAAAAUGUUCUUCAAAGAAGGCGACGCUUUUCCAAGGUCAAACCCAAUUUAGGAUCAUCCCAGAGAACUACACGCACAAAACUACAGGCAAAUAAACCCUCAGAACAAUGCCAUAUGGACAUCUCUCUAACCUCAGAACAACAGCCCGUGAACAUUUACAAUGUACAACCGGGAGUAGAACAGACAGCAGACAUCAAACACUUGACAUCAGCACAUUGUUCAUUAUAUACAGAACCUCCCAGCUCAGCAAUGUUAGGACCUGUAGAGUCAGAGAAGUCAUCUAACAGCACAAAUGAUAAUGAUUUGUCCUCUGAUGGUGCCGUCAUAGCAAAAACUUGGGCUGCUGAGAAUCAGUUUGUGUUGACAGACUCGGUUCUUGAAAAUAAGACAAGUGAAACACCCACAGUAGAAGGGGAUUCCACAGGGGACAAUUAUGACAAGGUGGAGGCCAGGCCUACUUCACAAUGGAAAUCAAACCAGGACAUGUCCAUUGGAGCUACAGAGACAAAUACCCAAUCAACAGAUGAUCCAACUGCAGUUUCAGAUGCCCAGUCUUCAAAAGAUGGUUCAGCAGAGUCAAAAAUUGAAUCUAUGCCCUCUACCGAUACACAGUCCUCACUGGAUCCAAAAGAAAGUGUUCAAGUGCCACGUUUCGAGGUCGACUGUGAGGCAGUUAGUCAAGAUGCAGUCCAACAAUGUCCUGAAACCACUGACACUAAUCAAACAGCUGUCCUAAGCACUGACAACAAUCAGUCAGAGGCAGCUGACUGUGCCUCAAGAAAACCUCCCCAGACUCGUAGAGGCCGGCUUAUUAAACCCAAACCCAGCCUGAGUUGCAGCAGCCGACCUCGAAAACCUCAACCAGUUCAGGAGACAAAACAAGCAGACGCAGGAAAUGUGGAUGCUUCAGUUUGCCACAAACCUGUGUCUGAAUCCCGACCUGACAUCCAGGAACCAGUGGAGGGAGGUGUUGAACAAUGUAGUGACCCAAAUUCCUCUUCAGAUGAUGCACGGUCUUUGCUGAGUGGCUUGACACAAGUUAUGGAACAACUGAGUCAGCCUGACCCCCCUCCAGAUGUUGCUGGAUCCUCUCUGAGUUGUUUAAAACAAGUACCUUACAGUUGUACUCAGGAUGCAUCAACAUCAAGUACAGAAGGAACCCAGAGUUUUCCAAGUCUCACAUUAUUUCCAGACAUGCUGUCGCAGCAGGCGCCUUCAGAUCCAGACGAACCGUUCUUCAUCCUCUCGCUGACUGAGAUCCCAGUCUGCUCAGCAGGGGAGGAGUUGGGCAGCACGCCGGAGCCCCUCACUUAUCUUCCUCUAACAGAUGCAUCAGUAGAGCAGCAGAGUGCUACUGGAGAGAGUCCGGCAGCAGCAGGAGACAGGCUUCUCUCUAAUGUUGCUGUGCCUGUGUCCAUGGAGGAGAGUAGAGAGACAGGCCGAAUGAAUGUAAUCGAUAAUAGGCCUGAUCGCGCUGCAUAUAUAGGUUCAAUCACGGAGAGUCCAGUAGAUCCACAAGGAGCGGCCAAACUGCAGGUUAAGCCCAAUAAAGCAGAGAGGGAACAAGCCAGCAAGACCCUCGCUGCCAAGGAAGCAGAGCCAAUCCCCAUCCAGACGAACACCACCCAGCUCUCAGAGCUUCCUGGGCCCUCUGUGCAGCCAAAAACGUUUGAUGACAUUGACACGGAGCAGCAGAAAGGAAGUGGUGAUCAUGUAGAUGCUGAAAAGGAGACUCAGACAAGUGGGGAGGACCCUGAAGACAGCAGCUCAGGAGAGACAAAUAAGCGGAGAAGAGGGACUUCUAGUAGGAAUAGGAAACUUAAAGGCAUCAUUUCUGAGACAAACACUACUGCAGAUUCUCCACCCAGCAAAGCAGCUUCUAAGGGCGCUAAGGUCAAAACUCCAACAGCAGGUAAACAAUCUAACCCAACAUCCACAGCCUCAGCAUCACAUGAUGUCGCUCCGACACCCAAAGUGACAGAGGAAACCAGUUUAACAUCCUCUACCACAUCACCAACACACAUCGAGAUCGACGAUGAACAGACUUCUGAGCACAACCGACUUUGCUCAGACACAACACCCAGCACCCCUUCAUGUCCAGCUGAGCAAAGUGUGGAGAGCAUCUCUGUAGAGGAGGAACCCACCAGUGUGUCUCAGUAUUUCUUAAGAGACAUUUUUACUGAAGUGGAUGACGGAUGAGAGGUGGAGUGAGAAGAGGAACCUGCAGAUGGCCCUUUUAAAAUUUUUGUUGUAUUAUGUCUGUAAAAACUAAUUUAUGACUACAAGACUGUAGAGUGUUUAUUUUGCUUUUAGUUGUCAUGAUGUGAAGCUGAAUGUUUUAUACUUUCACAUGCACUUUGAAAAUGUACAGUAGUUUCCAUUUACUGAAAUGCCUUUUUAAAAAGCCAUCGGUUCAGAUAACUAUUUAAUGGAUCCAUUAUUAACUAAAUUACUGGUAGGUCACUAGUUUGAAUCAGAUUGCCCAAUUUGGUUAUAAACUACCUGUGAAAAUGUAAAUAUUGUACAAUAACAAAUGUGGUUUAGAUUUUUAUUUCUCCUCCAUAUCUGUUGUGUUUAAAUACAGACCACAACAUUGGUCGCAGGAAGAAAAGCAUAACCUGAUUAUUUUACACCAUGUAUAGCUGUAUGUUUUAAUUUCCUUAAUUAAGCCUCUUCUGUGUAUUUUUGUGCUAUGUUUUAUUUAUAUUUUCUAUUCUGAAAUUAAUAUUGGUGUAUUUGACAAAUGAUGUCUUAAAAUUGACUUGCCAUUCAGAAAAAUGACAGAAUUUUAUUUUGUCAAAUUGCAUCAUUCUCCAAAUUCACCCAAUACAGAGGAGAGGUAGUCAAAAUUAAAUUAAAUUAAAGAAAAUGUUCUGCCAGUUAGUUCAGAUAUUUUGUUAUACUGUACACAGCAUUGAUCAGCGGUCCUUGUACAGAUUUGCAACAUUCAUAUCAUUAUUUUCGAUACUUCAAACAAAAACACCUUAUCUUCCUUUAAUGUUUCAAUUCAUUAAAAGUAAAACAUGGAAUUCUGUAUGAUCUGAAUAAACGGAGUCUUCCACCAACA